CGUAGAGUCCACUUAGGUUCUGUCCAAAUAGAACGUGAGCUGUUAGCAGUGCCACUGUUGGAGCGCCGCUCGGUGCUAAACUGAUUCAUGUUGUUUUUUUAGCCACCCGUCCCUUUAAACUAGACUAUUUUAUCGAAGAAUGAGUGAUAACGAUGACAUCGAAGUCGAUAGUGACGAAGAAUCACCGAGAUAUCACUCUGUGGCAGACAAACGGGCACACCACAAUGCGCUGGAGCGCAAGCGUAGGGACCACAUCAAAGACAGCUUUCACAGCCUCCGGGACUCGGUGCCCGCCCUGCAGGGAGAGAAGCAGUCUACCAAACAGGCGUCUCGAGCUCAAAUCCUAGACAAAGCCACAGAGUACAUCCAAUACAUGAGGCGGAAAAACCACACACACCAGCAGGACAUCGACGACCUGAAGAGGCAGAACGCACUGCUGGAGCAGCAAGUCUCUUCCAUCUCUUCGCCGGCGGCGUCUGCAGUCCGCGCUCUGGAGAAGGUAAAAGGCUCCGCCCAGCUCCAGACCAGCUACUCGUCGUCGGACAGCAGCCUGUACACCAACCCCAAAGGCAGCGCCGUGUCCGCCUUCGACGGCGGCUCCGACUCCAGCUCCGAGUCCGAGCCCGAAGAGCCGCCCAACAGGAAGAAACUGCGCGUGGAGGCCAGCUAGAGCGCCGCGCCGCCGAAAAACCCAGGCGAAAGUGGGAGCGGGGGUGGGGGGUGGGGCGGAGCCACAGGGCACAAGGGGGAGGGGUCGAGAGGAGGUUAAAAAAAAAAAAAGAAAAAGAAAAACACAGCCUUCAAAGCUCUUGAGGCUCGUCCACCCCCAACCAGAACCACCUUCCUCACAGUCUUCCUCCUCUUCGUCCCCCUCCUCCAUGGUAACGUGGGCUCGCACUGGAGACUCAAGGCCCCGCCUCACAUCGCCGCCAGUCGCCUCUCCGCUAAACCGGAGGGAGGAAGUCCGCAGUGUGAAGGAUGAGGGCUUAAAUCCACCGAGAAGAGCUUCAGGUUUUUUCCCCUUCUUUACACCCCCCCACCCCACCCUUCCCAUCAUCCCUCUCUUUCUCUUGUCAUUGGUUCUCUGUCUUCGGUAGUCCCUCCCCCCCUUCCUUCUAGCAACGUCAACAAUCCAAAACCCAAGAAGAGGCAGCUUGGCUACUUAAGGACUUGAUGCUUUUUUGUACCCUCAAUAUAAGCCCCUCCUCCCCGGGUUGUUUAAGGGGGGGGGGGGGCCGGGCCCGCCAGGCGUACUCCUCCAGGCACUGCUAUAUUAUAUAUUUUUUGUUUUAUUUUGUUAUUCUUGAUAAAAACCUGUUUAGAAUUUACACACACACCUAGAUAAAUCGUCCUGAAGUUUACCUUUUUAAAGUACAAACUCAAACAUUUGUAGCUUACUUUUUUUCCACUAAAGAAUGUGAAGUCGCUCUGAAGCAAACGUUCAAGUGAAACCCACCUCAGGCCCACUGGAUCGCAGUCGUUUUCCGCCUCGACACGUUUGUCAACACAAGAUUUAAAGCAGAAACGUGACUCCUCUGUUGAAAUUGAUGUUUUGAAGGCGAAUAUUCCUAAACUUGUAUCGUAUUUCGUCCUUUAGCUUGAAGUAGUGAAUGACUUUAGGUGGCUGAAUACGUUAGGCAUCUCGUUUUAUAUAUUAUAAUAAAAGCAUUGAUUGGAUGUUUUCAAGUUCAAAAAGUAUGUUAUGCAUUUUGUAGUAAUCUCACAGGUCAUGGGAAAAUGCUAAUUUGUCACUCGUAGUUUUCCUUGUAUGAUAUGAAAAUAGGUAUUGAAUGUCCGAGGUAGCUCCCGUCUUUUGCAGUACAAGGAAACGAAAAAAAAAAAGAAAAACUCCCUGUCGAUGUGUUGUGCUUUACACGGUGAAAAAUCAAUGUUGCUGAAUCCCCUGAGGAAAAAAAGGAAGCAUUUUUUUGCGUGUCUAGGAAACGUGUGUGUAUGUAUAUUGUUUCCAUUUUAUUUCCAUUUAGGAGGAUAUAAUUAGUGUAAUAGGUCUUUGUUUGUCCGAUUCCAUUCCAUGGAAAUUACAAGUAUGUUGUACAUACUGCCAACAAUUGUCUUGCAAGUUGAGGCCUACCUUUACUAUGAACUAUAAAAUAAACUAUUUUAUCCUUUAA